AUGAAAACAAUUAAAUUUAGUCCAUGCUUUGGACUACGUAGAAUCCUGACGAAGAGGUUGAGCAACAAUCUUUUGGUCCCAGUCCCAACUAGUAAUUUCUCUGCUGUGUAUUGGCCAUAUGGUGCAAUUGGCUCUAAUAUCUACACCAUUGUCGAAUACGUACAUGGUGAAUUCUCGACUGAUAGGGUAUUUUACUUGGACUGUCGGUCUCACACCUGGCACGAAGCUCCAAUCAUGUGGAUGAUCAGAAGCAGCCCACUCAUUCGUGUUCUGGAUGGGAAACUGUAUGUACUGCCACAAAGGAACGGUUUUCCCUCGAAUUCGAUUGAGAUUUUCGAUCCAAAAACUCAAUUAUGGGAGUAUGUGAGAAGCCCUAUAGCAGAGAUACUAGGCACGAGGUCUAGUUUAAUCAGCUUCGCAAUAGACGGGGGGUUUUACCUGUAUGGGGAUAAGUGUAUGGUUUACAAGCCCAAGGAAAAUAAAUGGGAUGUCGUAGAGUACGAGACUGGUUUGGUUUGGGCUAGCUUUAGACUUUCUUGUGUGAUAAACAACGUAAUCUACAGUUCUAAACUCUCCAGAGUGCUUAAAUGGUACGACUCCGAGGGGAGAUUGUGGAGAGAUUUGAAGGGUUUGGAUAAACUUCCUAAACUACCAAAGAGUUUUAGUCGUCUCAGGUUGGUAAACUAUGGUGGAAAGAUUGCGGUUUCGUGGGAGAAGAGUGGUGGUGUUUCUUCUAGGGAGAAGAUGAUUUGGUGUGCUGUGAUUGCGGUUGAAAGGCGCAGCGGACAAGAGAUUUAUGGGAAGAUUGAGUGGUGUGAAGUUGUGCUUACCGUCCCCAAGUCAUGUUGUUUAUUGGAGUUUUUUGCUGUUACGGUCUGA